UUUAGCCGCAACCUGUUUUAUAAUGAAUGAAUCCACGUUAGUGAAUUCCACGUAUUUAUGCAGCGUACUAAACAUUGAAAUCGUUACUCUGACAAUUAUCCAGCCAGUUUUGCUGGGAGCUUUAACAUAUCUAGGACCGGCAUAUAUCAAGGGAUUGCAGCGUACUCGGCAGAGGCAUCCAUCUUUAAAUAUCACGCAGACUGUUCUUUGGGACCCAUCUUAUCGUACUUGUCAGGAUCUUCAAGCGGAUGGCGUAAAUAAAAUCACAGCCCAUGUAGCUAAAACAUACAAAUCUUCUAAUUCAGAUCCCUGCUUUAUCACUGUGUUAAUGUGGGGCGGGUGCAGCGAAGUUUUAGAAAUUAAUCCCAUAGCGAGAGAACUGGAUCUUUUUAUGCUCACCAGUGUUGCCAGUAUGCCUGAUUUGCGUAAAAAAAGAUUAUCACCAACCUGGAUAACAACUACUGUCAACUCGAUGUUGACCUAUGUCAAUGUCUAUGUUGAACUUGCCAGAAUGUUCAGCUGGACCUCAUUGGCUAUAAUAACUGAUAACGGGGCCAAUCCUUACUUCCCGCAGCUUGUCGAUUCAAUGUAUCCCCAGAUUUCUCCAGGAAGACAAGUGUAUCGCGAAAACAUUAACACAAAAGAGGCUGUGGACUUUAGGAAAAUUCUCCUGCAUUUGAAUUCCUUUACAAGGAUUUUUAUCUAUAUGGGCGACCCCACUGGAUUUCGCAAACUUUUGCUCAAAGCGACGGAACUAAAUUUGACCAAUGGUGAACAUGUUUACGUUAUUGGUACGCCUUUUAGAUUUAGCGCCGAGCCUGGAUAUCUGCACUGGAAGAAAAAUGAUACGGAUGACGAGGUCGUUCAAUUAGCCUACCGAUCUGUCCUGAUUAUCGAGCCUGAUGGUUCAGUUUACGGGCGCACUGAUGGCUCGGAUACGUUUUCUUUGGAAAUGAAGAAUCUAUCGAAGACCGAAUAUAACUAUACAUACCGACCUUAUGAAUUGAUGAGCCCACAUCCGGCUUCUACAUAUGCCGGCCUGAUGAUGCUAGCACAGGUCAUGGAGAAUCUGCGUUCUGUCAAUGCAUAUGAGAUAUGGUCAUCCGGAAGAAAAACCGCAAAACUGUUUCUGAAUCGUUCCUUUGAGACUGACGUAGGCCGGUUCUACAUUGAUCCGGUCGGCGAGCGUAUUCCGACCGUACAAGUGAACCAACUUGACUGGAACACGUCACAAAUUCGGACCCUUUUCGUACAAGAUCCUGCUGACCUUCGUGUGCACGCUGUUAACGCACCACAAUGGCCGGGCAUAUGGCCACCGCUUAACGAACCUAAAUGUGGAUUUCGGGGUGAUGCGUCGUCGUGCACACCCAAAGGAAAUACUGACCUUUAUGCCGGCUCGGGCGGGGGAGUUGUCGCCUUGAUUAUAUUAAUUAUUUUGGGAGUUUUCAGGUUUUCUCGGCACACGGCUUACGACGCACUGCUGAACAUCGAUUCGUGGAGAAUUGAGCCCGUGGUUCUACGUGCUGUCGGUGACACGAACCAAGUGUUGAUUCCCAAAAAUCUAUCGGAACUUGUUGGUAAUACAAAACCAGUGGCAAUGAAAUACGCCAACGACCAGCUGGUUUGGGUCACUUUGGCGACCAAAUUGCCCAUUCCGUCUACAGCGAAGACAUUUCGUCCAAACAGAAUUGCACUAGUGAUGAUAAACCAUCUUCGCCGCUUGGAUCAUCCCAGCAUAAAUCGAUUUCUCGGGUUAACCGUCUCCGAUAGUGGAUUACACGUGUACUUCGUCAGCGACUUUGUUCAACGCGGUGCCCUCACGUCAUUAUUGCCCCAAAUGACUCUAGAUUACGAUUUGCAAAUUGCGUUAAUAUUCGACGUGCUAAAAGGUGUCAAGGCAAUUGUGCAAUCUUCAAUUCGAUAUCACGGAAAUCUGUCCAGUCAGUGCUGCUACGUUGAUAAGCAUUUUACCUUAAAGAUCGGUGAAACAGGUUUCAACAAACUCAGGAAGUUAAUCAGUCAGGAAACUGCCGACUUCACUGACGGCAACAAUCGUGACAUCCGUGCGGUGGGACUUAUUUUGUUGCACGUAAUCACUUUCGAAGAUCGCUUCGCCAGUUUAGAGAAAUUUAAAUCCACUACCAACGAACAAUCACAAGAUUCAAUUCCGCCAAAAUUUUCUAAAGUGGUACCGCUUUUAAAACAAUGCGUGGAAGGAUCUUCAGCGACGACAAUAUCGGAUAUGAGCAGUCUAACCCGAAAGGUCACGGCAGCUGUUGGAUUGAACGCCGGGCGCAUGGAAGAUACUCAUCUACUUGAGCGAAUUAUUCGCCGGUUAGAAAACUACACCAUGGAGCUGGAUCAUCAGGUUGCUGUGAGGACAAUUGCCCUUGUAGACGAACAGCGGAAAUGCGAUAUACUGCUGCGGGAAAUGUUGCCAACUAAGCAUAUCGAUUUACUGCGGAAAGGAACAGUGCCGGAGCCGGAAACGUUUGGUUUAGCAACCAUUCUUUUUACAGAAAUCGGAGGAUUCAAAGAGGUUGUGAAAAACAGCAAACCGGCUUUCGUCAUGAUGUUCCUGAAUGACGUUUAUACAGCAUUCGACACGGUGCUGUCAAGGUUUGAUGUGUACAAGGUUGAGACCAUAAAAGAUUCUUACAUGGUUGUGAGCGGUAUACCCCUGAGAAACGGACACGCCCAUGGAAAAGAAAUUUGUGAACUUGCCUUUUGCUUGCUAGAUGCCUACUCUUCAUUUGGAGUGUUAUUUGAUGGAACGUCUCUGCGAUCCGGGAUACAUACUGGCUCAUGUGCUGCCGGUGUCGUGGGUCAUAAGGCUCCACGUUAUUGCCUGUUUGGUGAUACAGUGAAUACCGCAUCUAGGAUGCUGAUGUACAGUGAUGAUUCACGAAUUCACAUCAGCGAGAGCACUUUUACGCUGUUGAAGGAACAUUUUCCAGAAUUUCAGACCGAAAGACGUGGGACAAUUGAGAUCAAGGGAAAGGGGUCAGUUACCACGUACUGGCUGGCUACUGCACAGUUAUCUGUGAACUCUAGAAAAUGA